AUGAAGAUUAUGCUGCCUGGUGGAAACUUUCAAGCCCAGCAAACCGUCGGGCAGCUUCAAGUCGGCGAGUACCACAAGCCUUCCGCUCUGGAGGCAUCGGGUGUACCGAACACCACCGCGGUCUUCCACCGCUCGCCGUGUCCGGCGCUCAACGCGCUAGCAAACCACGGGUACCUGCCUCGCAACGGCAAGGAUAUCCCGAAGGGCGUGCUCAAGGCUGCGAUCAUGAACGUGUUCAAUAUGGCGAACGACACCGCCACCUCGCAAGUGGGCCAGGUGUCCGACGUCUUCUCGCUCGACUUCUUGAGCAAGCGCAACGCACCCGAGCACGACGCGUCGCUGGUGCACACGGACGCUUACUUCGGCCACGACCCGAUGGAGGUGAACAUUACUCUCGUCGACGACCUGUUGGCCCGCACUGACAGCCACGACAUGAUCACCACGACUGCCGUCGCCCAAGUUCGCAAGGACCGAGCGACGCUGUGCGAGACCAGCAACCCGGAGUGCACCUUCGGAGACAACGAGAAGAAGAAGUCGUUCACGCAAGCGUCGCUGCUGUUGAUGGCGCUCGGAAAAGGUGACGAGAUCUCAGUGGAGCACGCGCGGUCGUUCCUGGUCGACGAAAAAAUCCCCAGCGACGUUGUGAAGGCGAAGGAGCCUGUCACGCUCGCGGCCAUCGGGAAGAAAUCCGCCGAACUCGUUGCUCAGGCCUCGUAG